GACAGCCACAAGCAGCAAGCGGGCCGAAGACAGAAAGGAUCCAGAGAUUGAUGCUCGGUUGACGAAUUUGUUGGGGCCGCCAUUGGACUCUAAAGGACUCCGUGCUUGGCCGUUGCUCCCCUCCCUGUUGCACGGCCCCCGGCAAGGUCCGUCCCCGGAGGCGCUCCGCAGCAUCUUCCUGUCUCUCGGAGUUACGGCUGAAGAGCUCAAGGGAGAGCCCCAUACCUGGCGAGGAGUCUACUCCGAUUUUCACGGUUGUGUGUGGAAGCUGGAUCUAGACAGGAGACCCAUCAGCGGCAGAUUGGACGCACUCAGCAAUCUGACCGCCCUACGGUAUCUCUACCUCUCAGACACGGGCGUCACUGGAAGCCUGCAGGCCUUGGCGGAGAUGACAGAGCUGCAAAAGUUGUGGCUGGAUGGUACAAAAGUGGCCGGUGACCUACAACCGCUCUUCAAUCUGACGAUGUUGAAGGAGCUCUUCCUCAGGAACACCGGAGUCAAUGGAGGACUGGAGCCCUUGGGCGACAUGAGCGAGCUGCAGAUGUUAUGGCUGGAUGGGACAAGAGUGGCCGGUGACCUGCAACCGCUCUUCAAGCUGACGAAGUUGGAGGAGCUCUUGCUCGAUGACACCCGUGUGAGUGGAGGCCUGCAGGCCUUGGGCGACAUGACCGAGCUGCGGCAGUUGUGGCUGCAUGGUACACAGGUGGCCGGUGACCCACAACCGCUCUUCAAGCUGACGAAGUUGGAGGAGCUCUUGCUCCAGAACACCGGUGUGACUGGAGGCCUGCAGGCCUUGGCAGAGAUGACCGAGCUGUGGAAGUUGUCGCUGGAAGGUACCAAGGUGGCCGGUGAUCUGCAGGCACUCUCCAAGCUGACGAAGUUGAAGCAGCUCUCGCUCAAGAACACCGUCGUGCAGGGGGAUCUCGGCGUGCUCAUGCACUUGACAAACCUAAUGCAGGCCGAUCUGAGCGGCACGCGCGUGUCUGGGCGCCUGACGCCCGCCUGGCGGGGCCAACUCCUGCAGCUCCACACGCUCGACCUCAAGGACAGCCAAGUGAACUUCCUGCCCGUCGGAAGUGACCUGGAAGACCUCCGGGCGACAUUCUUCACCGAGAAGACCCAGCAGCUGCUUCCGGCCCUGGUGACCUUGGACGUGUCGCUGUGUCCGCUGGACGGCGCAGUAGAGAACCUGCUGGAGCCUCUGUCCUUCGCGGGACACUUGGCCUCUGUCCGCGCAACUGGGGCGAAUCUCUCCGGGCAUCUACGGACGAGCUGCUUGCGCGAGGUAUCCGUGGACGGCGAGACCUAUGGUGUAAAAUGCACGAUACCCUUGCUCAGCUCCUUGCAAGGCUUGGAGUUGGCGGACAACAAGAUCCAUCGCAUCGAAGGCAUCCCGCCAACGUCUACGUCUCCUUGGCGAACAACUCGGAGACAUACGUGA